GGCCCUCUUACACACGUACAAGCAUACACAAGUAAUCGUAGCAUCAGUGGAAUGCCGGGCGAUUAUAGAAUGUAAAUUAAUAAUAAUCAUAACGAAAAUAAUUAAUAUUAAGAAUUGCUAUGAAUGAUAAAACAAGUGUGGCCCUUGCGAUUUUACGACUUCUGCAGGUGUCAAUAUCCGGUUGAGCUGACGUCGUCGUAACGUGCAACAACUUCCGAGAUCCAGCACUCGCAAAGCUGCCUUUCCGCAAUAGGUAAUAGCUGCAGCGUGAAAUAAGAGCAAAGAGUUCUCAGAAUAGCUUUGCAUCCGACGUAUUCCCACCUCCCACCGGUUGGUGUCCAGUCUCUCAGGCCAGUAUGUCCAGCGAUCCUCCUCCGCCAUACCCAGGAGGUCCUAGCGCUCCCCUAAUUGAGGAGAAAAAUGGACAAGCAGCUCCUGUAAGAACAGGGCCCCCGCAGGGUCAACCUCUACCUCCAGACUACGGCCCACCCCCGUACGAAGGCCCACACCCAGGCUUCCUCCCUCCGCACGUCCCUGGAGAGGGGCCCAUGGCCAUGCCUAUGCCAAUGCAUAUGCCCCCGCCACCCCAAGGGGGGGUUUACCCGCCGCCGCCGCCCGGCCACUUCCCGCACCCCAUGCCCGCCCACAUGGGCCCCGGCGGUCCCGGCCCCUUUGUGCACAUGGGGGGCCACACGGCGACCACCGUCAUGGCCCCGCCGGGCGCCGCCACGACCGUGACGGUGCUGCAAGGCGAGAUGUUCCAGACGUCGCCGGUGCAGACGGUGUGUCCGCACUGCCAGCAGGCAAUCGUCACGCGCAUCUCCCACGACGUGGGCCUCAUGAACACCCUUUUCUGUCUCUUCUGCUUCUUCGUGGGGUGCGAUCUGGGCUGCUGCUUGAUUCCCUGCCUGAUCGACGAUCUGAAGGAUGUGACGCACACCUGCCCUUACUGUAAGGGCUACAUCUACACGUACAAACGUAUAUGCUAACCACCAUUGACGCUCGCUCGCAGUGCCGCCCCCCCCCCCCCCUUACGUGUGCUACUUUUUGACCUCUUAAUUUGUCUUUUGGAAAGCAAUUAUGUUGUAGAGAUCCUUCACCGCAUUCGGUUCUUAGCAGAAGCUCAACGGGCAGCAUUUUCUUUCAUGCUUUGUCGGGAAAAGGUGAAGGCUCGUCACAAUGUUACGUGUAAAUGAAGAAGUCAUUUGUUGGGAAAGGCUGUGAAACUGGUCACUUUAUUUGAACUGAUCUGUAAAUCUUGCUAUGAAGCAAGAUGGGUUUAAAUCUUUAUUUUCUGUCCUAUUUAUCUAAAGUAUUUUAAGACAUGUUUAUCCUUGUCCAUCUUGAAGACUGUGAACAUACGUGUCUGGCCCUUUCGACUUCUUUUCCGAUCCAUUCUUGAAUGUGAAUAUUCCCAUCUUGACGUGUGCACGAUUUUUUUUUCUUUUUCUGUUUAAGAUUCUUUUUAAUUUUUAUUCUACCGGGCUUCUUGCAGUAUGCUUAAAAGUGAUAAACAGUUGAGCUAUUUCCCUGUUCAUGAUGUACUUUUAAGAAGAAAAAAAACAAGACAUUUGCACUUUAAAGUUAAAUCUAUUGCAUCGCAAAAACUUAGUCACAAAAGUUGAGGCUUCCUCAGGCGUUAUUCCCGGCGAAUCCCUCUAUAGGUGCACUUCAGUUGAAGUUAACUGUUACCAGUGUGUAAAUCUGACCUCGCCAAGAUUGUAUCGUCGCAGUCGCUGUCGGCCGAAUGUUUGCCGUGGCCGACGCCUCAGCGGACGGGUUAUGACAGACGAGAGAAUGUCGGAGAACAAGUUACGUUACCGUCACGCUCAUUUAAACAUGAUGCUCAAAAAGCAUGUUAAAAUAGGCUGCCGUAAUAUGAUUAUGUCAGAGCCACAAAGUUGCAUAGAUAUGAUGUAAUCAGAUUUUAAACAAUUCGUCGGCAGCAUGCCCCCAUGAGUAGCUCACUUUUCAGAUACUGUAAUCCACAUUUCAAUAAAAAUGUGAGAAAAAAAACCCGCCAUGACUAAAUGUGCAUUUGAGUUGCAUAUUUUGCUUUUCCAGACUUGAAAAACUCAAACAAAAAAAAAAGUUUUAUUACUCAAACUGUACGCCAUUGUUGUUGUAAAGUUGCCAGUCAGCAUUGCUCUCGCUCUGUGAUCUGUAUAAUGACGCAAAUCAGGCUUGUUUGAAGGUUGUAUAU